CUCACUCAGCCAAACCAACAAACAAGUCAGACACACUUCGUCGUCUUACCUAAUGCUCUUCUCUCUUCAAUCUUCUCUGUUGUUAGGGCUUCACUGCGAUUUCAGCCACGACCUUUAACCAUCAUCCUCCCUGCCAUUUCACGCUCUAUUUAUCAAUAUCCACAAUCUGAGACAAACGAGGAAUUAAAGUUGAAGGAAAACCAGAUGGUGCAAAGCUCACAAUCACCAUCUGUUGCAACUCUACUUUUAUGAUGUUUUGAUUCAGCAGAGGGGUAACAAAGAACCUAAUGGUUAAAGCAUACAAACAAGAGUAUACAUACAGGCACCCGUGGGAGCGUGUAACUUCUGCAUCUUGGCGAAAAUUUGCUGACCCCGAGAACAAACGAACCUUAUCCCAUAUCCUUGAAGUUGAUACACUCAAUCACAAGCUUGACUCUAAUUCUGGAAAGCUUUACACAACUCGUGCUAUCACUAUCCAUGCCCCUGGACCGUGGUUUGUUCGCAAAAUCAUCGGCCAGGAUAUCUGUCAUUGUGUUGAAUCAACCGUUGUAGAUGGUCAUUCACGGUCGAUGCAAUUGACCACUCGUAAUAUCAGCCUUCAGAAGUUCAUAGAAGUGCAGGAGAAGAUUCGGUAUGAUCCCCAUCCAGAUAAUCCAGAUAGUUGGACGCUGUGUCGACAGGAGACUAGCAUUCAGAUAAAGCCUUUGUCGGCAUUGGCAUCAAUGGCGGAGAAGGUGGAACAGCGAUGUGCUGAGAGAUUUGUGCAAAAUAGUGCCAAGGGUAGAGAGGUUAUGGAGAGGAUCUGUAAGUAUCUCGAGGCCGAGUCGGGCGGUAUUUCUCUUUGACUCUAGGCAAAACGAUUUUUUGUAUCUUCCAUGAUUUGAGAAAUAACAAAAUCAUAGUUUACUUGUUUCUUUUGUGUUAAUAAUAAGAGUUGUCUUCUAAUUUUCUAAAUGGACAUUUCAAACCCCAUGAGCAACCUAAGAAAUGGUCUUGGAAUAAUUUAAGAAUGGCAUUAUUUUCAUUUUUUGUUAA